UGGGUAGGGAGGGGCGAAUGCUCCAGACCGGGGAGGGGGGUGGUGGUCAGAGGCAGCCUUCCACAAAGCCCUGACUCUCUGGGCCUCAGUUUCCCCCCCGUGCCUCCCAGCUUCCCCGAUAGGCCCCUCCCCAGUGCUCUAUGACUAAAGCCCUGCCCACGGGUAUCAGGGAUGUGGAAAGUCAGCAGAGAAGUCAGGGCCUGCUCCCAGGGACAGGUUCCUGGCUAGGCUGACAUGGCCUGGGCACUGGAGGCCUGGGGGAGUAAACUGUGGACCUUCCCUGCCUGGCACGGAUUCCCCAGCUGGGGGAAAAUGGUGGACCGAGCAACUGGAAGAACCGGACUUUGGCCUGGAAUUCACACCCAGGGCCACGACGGAGGGGGCAGCGAACGGUCUCCAGACCUGAGGACUGGAGUGGAGGAUCUGUCUCACCAGGGGGGUGCUCCCCACCGUCCGAGCCCGGACCCUGCAGAAGACGCCGGCCGGAAGGGGCCAGGCCCGGGACCCCGUUGCCCCAGGGCCUCAGUGUGCCCAUCGGCGAAAUGGGACAGGAGCCCAGAGCGCCCCGGACUGCUCACCCGUGGCUAAGUACCGCUUGUCGACCCCUGUCUUGGCUUCGAGCGCCCUUAGCGCUUCGGUGGCCAAGUUCCUUUGUUCCAGAAAGUGCU